AUGCCUCCAAUCCAGGUUGCAAUUAUAGGUGCUGGACCUGCCGGAUUAACCCUCGCCCGACUGCUUCUCAACAAAUCCAAUCUAAAAGUCAUCGUCUUUGAAUCAGACGAGUCCCGCAAUUCUCGCAACCAAGGCGGAACACUCGAUCUGCACCCCGACACAGGUCUCAAUGCCCUCAAAAAAGCAGAUCUGUGGGAUGAAUUCAUGAAAAAUGUUCGGUAUGACGGAGAAGCAAUUACUCUGUGCGACAAAAAGCUUCUAAAGUAUGUCAAUCUUUCCGGUGGGGACGAAGGUUCCUCUCGUGACCGUCCUGAAAUCGACCGGAAAGCCCUCCGCACCAUUCUCCUGGACUCUAUACCUUCAGAUAUGAUCCGAUGGGGAUGCCGCUUACGCUCCAUUGACGAGAACCACAACUUGAUCUUUGACCAUGGCAUUGAAUCUGGAUUUGACUUGGUAGUCGGCGCUGAUGGUGCCUGGAGCAAAGUUCGUAAAUUUGUGUCAGAUCAAGUUCCAAACUAUGCAGGAAUUGGUGGGUAUAUGUUCAAUAUCCCCAAUGCAAAGGAGGCGGCGCCAAAAUGUUAUGAACAUACCAAUCGAGGGUCGCUUUUUUCUCUGUCUGAUCGCCGAGGAAUUUUCAGUCAGCAGAUUGGAGAUGGGAGCUUAUAUGUCUCUUGUUGGAGUGAACGACCUGAAAAUUGGAUGGAGAACUGCUCCUAUGACGUUGAAAGCUCUGAAGCUAUCAAAAAUGCCAUCAGGGAGGAGUUUCACGACUGGCAUCCGGAAUUGCUUGAGUUUGUUGACAAGGGAGAGGAUACUGUGGCUCGUUCACUCUACAUGCUCCCGGUUGGUUGGAGAUGGGAAAAUCACCCGGGUGUUACAUUGAUUGGUGAUGCCGCUCAUCUUAUGACCCCCUUUGCCGGCGAAGGGGUCAAUCUGGGCAUGCAGGAUGCAUUGAUGCUCUCUCAGGCGAUACUCAACGCAAGCUGCUCACUAUCACCGAGUAAUCAACUUGAGGCCGAGAUUAAAAGCUUUGAGGAGGACAUGUUUGCAAGAGCAGAGCGGACAGCUGCACAUACGAAGGACAUGUUGAAUUGGAUGAUGCUCACCGAUGGAACACCGCAAAGCACGAUUGGCAAGUUUCUACUACGCAUGUUGACUUUCCAUGAUAAGACGAUGCUCGAGCAUCUGAGGUAUCCAUUCCUGGCUGCUUUGCUCAAAGGCUACUUUUUCUUGCACAAACUGUGGUAUUGA